AUGAAGACCCGGAGAGCAAAGCGCUCUGAGGCCUUUUGGCCAUCCAUUGUAAUGAAAAAAUGGCUAAAUAUUCAGCCAAAGAUGUCUGAUUUUAGCGAGGAUGAAGUUGACACAGAGACUGAGAGCGAAGAUGAUGCUUACUCUCUUAAAGAUGAAAAAGUGCAUGAUGGUGAGGAUCAGGUCUGUAGAGCCCAGUGGAACCAACGUGCAUGCCCAACUCAAACCUCAGGGACACAGCUGAAAGGCUAUUCGCUAAGACACAGGAGAGGAAAAUCGGAAACCCUACGUGUUCAAUACAUAAAAGCAAAAGAAGUGAGGGUGACAAUAGGCACUUGGAAUGUUGCUGGAAGACUUCCUUAUGGGGAUAUUGAGAUCGAGGAGUGGGUUUCUAUGGAAGUACCAGCAGAUAUUUAUGUUCUUGGGUAAGUACUCUGUCAAAUUGGUGAUACCGCUCUGAGACUUACAUGAGCACUACAUCAGGAAUUUUUUUCAUUACAGGUGAAACAAUUAGAGUUCUGAGAUGCAUGACUACU